CAUCUUCUUUAUUUCGAUUCUCAUGCUAAGACUACUGCAGAUUAUCGUCAUUGUGUUAAUCACAGCGAGCUUUAUUCUGCAAAUGCUCAGCUUGCUUGGCAAUUUCAAUGGGCUUCGUUCUGUCUAUAUUGCACGUAUUCAUCUGAAUUAUCCAUCCAAUACUGGCGGUGGUCUUUUCGACGGCUUCUUUGGUGGACUUGAAAACACGAUACCCAAUUAUUUCUCGCUUGCUUUGUUCAUCAUCUGUCAAGAAAUAAAUUCAAGCGAAACCAUUUGUACACCACCAAGCUUUGGAUUUAGAUAUGACAGUACAGGUGUAGAUAGGACAGGCAUACUGCAGGUACUACAACGACAGUUUCCAUCCUCGCUUCAAUCGUCAGUUGCUGCCAUUCAAAAAGCAGUGAUUGCAUUCUUGUUCUGUUUAGCUACUUUCAUAGCUCAAAUUAUCGUCUAUAAUUAUAUGCAAAAUGCUAUCAGAGGAUUGAUGUCCAGUUCACUUGGUAGAUACAUUGACGAUUUAGUCGUGUUGUCAACAAACAAAGGUCCUGCUAUAUGGUUGUCCAUGGUUGCUUUUAUUUGUCUGUUUAUUGCAACAGUGCUAAUUUUCUUUACUGCAUGUUGUGGAAGAAGAAGAAAGAGAGGAACAGAAGAUGCGUACGAAAUGGAUCGUGUUUAA